AUGGCAGCACCAAAGGAAGAAAAGCAUUUUGUUCUAGUACAUGGGGCUUGCCAUGGCUCCUGGUGCUGGUACAAGAUCAAGCCAAGGCUAGAGUCUGCUGGUCACAGAGUCACAGCCUUGGACCUUGCAGCUUCAGGGAUCAACACGAAGGCCAUACAAGAUGUUCACUCUUUGGCAGAGUAUUCCGAGCCUCUGUUGGAGUUUAUAGCCUCACUUGGUCCAGAAGAAAAGGUGAUCCUUGUCGGGCAUAGCCUUGGAGGCAUGAGCUUGGCCCUUGCCAUGGAAAACUUCCCACAGAAAAUUUCUGUUGCUGUUUUCUUGACCGCCUUUGUGCCAGAUACCACGCACCAGCCUUCACAUGUUUUGGAUCAGUUCACUCAAAACACGCCCGCAGAAGCAUGGCUGGAUACUCAGUUUACAAAUUAUGGAAGUGCUAAAGAACCCUUAAUGUCAAUGCAUUUCGGUCCUGAGUUCUUAGCCAAGCUCUAUCAACUCAGCCCCAUUGAGGAUCUGGAACUUGCCAAGAGUUUAGCAAGGACAGGCUCACUCUUUCUUCAAGACUUGUCAAAGAUGAACAAAUUCUCGAAUGUGGGGUAUGGCCGGGUCCCACGAGUUUAUGUGGUUUGUAGCGAAGAUAAGGGAAUUCCUGAGGAAUUUCAACGGUGGAUGAUUGAAAACAGUGGGGUUACAAAUGUGGUGGAGAUCAAGGGCGCCGAUCAUAUGCCAAUGUUUUCAAAGACCCAAGAAGUUUGCAAUGCUCUUGUAGAUAUAUCAAAUGAGUAUACUUGA